GCAAACUGCAGUCUGCUAGCAGCCACACAAGGCAGCUUUCUUCUCACACAGGGCACCGAGCCUACCAACUGAAUAGAAAAAUAUUAAACUUCAUCCUAUGAAGCAGGGUCCUUGUACAGUGCAGAAAGUCCCUGGAAUUAAAACUUGCUGAUAUACCAGCCAGAACACUGAGCUCUGGGAGAGUGGAUUAAGGGCUGACCAGCUCUGGGACUGCUGUUAACACCGUGUGAAUCACAGAACCAAAACGUCUUGAGGGUUUUAUAUAUAUGUAAAAAGAAACUUUUCAAGGUGUGUGCGUGUGAGGAAAGCACUAAUGAUGGUGCCGGCAGUGCAGGGGUGAUGCACCUGUACGGAAAUCUGGAAGAGACAAAUGCACGUUGAUCAUGCUUUCUGGGACCAUCCUCCUUGCCAUUGGUUUCCUAAGUGUGUGCAUCUGUCGUGAAGACCAGUACAAGUCCUUCAGCAGAUCUGAUGCAAAGUUUGAGCACCUAACAGUCGACCCAGAGACCGGAAACGUCUACGUCGGAGCUGUGAACUUCCUCUUCCAGCUGACCUCUGACCUGACCAACCUGGUUGUCCAGCCGACCGGACCGCAGAAUGACAGCAAGGAUUGCCUCCCGCCCAUCAACCCCAGUGACUGCCGACAAGCGAGGAUGAUGGACAACCACAACAAGCUUCUGCUGAUUAAUCCCUAUGGGAAUGAGCUGAUCACCUGUGGGAGUUUGUUUCAAGGAAUCUGUGAAAAAAGGAGUUUGGGAAACAUUAGCCGUGUGUUGUUCUGCCCAGAGCGCCCAGUCGAUACACAAUAUGUCGCCGCCAAUGACCCCAAUGUCACGACCGUAGGAUUGGUUGGCCUGUCCAAAGGCAAUACAGCUGUCCUGUUUGUGGGGCGUGGUUAUACCAGCAAAGGUGCUGGUGGGAUUCCCCCAAUCACAACCCGCAAUUUGGAAUUACAAAAUCCACAAAGUCUGGAAUCCCAUCCCAUUUUCUCCUAUGAGGAUACAGCUAAGUUAGCAGUAGCUGGAAGACUUUCAGAGUACAACCACCAUUUUGUCAAAUCUUUUAUUUAUCAGUUGUCUGUGUAUUUUCUGUUUUACCGGAGGGACCUGAAGUCCCCGUCCAGAGAAUAUAAAACCUACGUGUCGCGGAUCUGCCUGGGCGACAUGCAUUAUUACUCGUAUGUGGAGGUACCACUUGUCUGUCAGACUGCUGGGAAAAACUACAAUUUAAUUCAGGCAGCCUAUGUUAGCCGCCCUGGGAAAGGCCUGGCCCAAGGGGCUCUCGAAACCGACGGAGAGGUCCUGUUUGCCACGUUCGCUAUUGGUCAGACGGCCACUGCGAAGGCAACGGAAGAGUCAGCGCUUUGCAUUUACACAAUGAGCCAGAUUGAUCAGAUGAUCAACCAGACGAGGGACCUGUGUUACACCAAUUAUGGAAAGACAGCAGAUGGGAAUGAGGCGGCCUACAUUGAGUAUGAAGUCAAAUCCAGCUGUAGUGGAUUAACUUCGGACACUCUUAAUGCUUACCCGUGUGGGUAUGACCACACUCCCAGCCCAAUGGCCAGUCGUAUUCCCAUUGAGGCAUCUCUGGUGCUCAAGGUUGCUCAGGGGUGUCUGGUUGCUGUGGCAGUGACUGUGGAAAUGGAGCACACCAUCGCCUUCAUAGGAGAUGCCAAAGGCCACCUGCACAAGGUUUUUGUGAAGCCAUCUGGAGAAGCGGAGCAAUACUCAACUCUCUCAAUUCAGCCCAAUGCAGCAGUUAACAGUGACCUGGUAUUUGACGGCGAACAGAAACACCUUUACGUCACAACUCAGUUGAAGGUGCUGAAGCUUCCAGUGAGUGAGUGCUCGGAGUACACAGACUGCCAGUCCUGUCUAGUAGCGAGAGACCCAUACUGUGGCUGGUGCAUACUGCAGGGCAGGUGCAGCAGGAGGUCGGAGUGUGCAAGGGUUGAGGAAGGCAUUCAGUGGCUCUGGAGCUAUGAGGAAGGCCGACGGUGUCUGAGAGUGCAGACUUUGACGCCAGCUAAUAUCAGCAGAGAGGAGCAAAAACAGGUAUUUGUGAACGUCGCUGACUUACCGAUUCUGGCCGAGGACGAGUCUUACAACUGUCUGUUUGAUGAUUAUUCCAGUCCUGCUGUCAUUACUGAGAGUGGUGUUGUUUGCUGGUCCCCUAAAGUCCAGCAGCUUCCACCAACUAAACCAGGAACAGAUCAUGUGACUGUCAGAUUACAAAUAACAUUCUCUAACAUCAUACUGACAACAGAGGAAUUCACAUUCUAUGACUGCAGUGCGGUGCAGCAGCUCUCCAGAAAUUUUCCGUGUCGUGGAUGUGUGAGCAGUCGAUGGGGUUGUAAUUGGUGUGUGCUCCAGCAUCACUGUACUCACAACACUACCUGCGAGGAUGAGAUGAUCAUUUUUAAUGAGAAUUUUGUGCUACCCUAUGUGGCUCCUCCUACACUCCCGACAAAACCGCUCCAUGUCGACACCACUGUGUUUCCAACCACCCUCCGCCCCACCACCGCUGCCCCUACAACAAGAGCUACAACCAUCCCUCCAACCCUGUCCAGCACAGCUGCCACCCAAACAACCAGAACUACAGCACCUACUACAUCACCAACCACCGUGUCCACCACUGUAGUGGUGUCGACCAAUGUUACAGCCACUCUGACUGGCCUGUCAACCACUGUGCCCACCACAUCAGCUCCAACAACAGUGCCCACCACUGUGGAAGUGACAGCUGUGCCAACUACACAACUAACUACAGCCAGUCCGUCCAUGGCGACAACGACUGCAGCUGAGACAAGCCCCACUGACGUGACCACCACUGACUAUGCAGCACCUACCACCAGCCUGGUCAGGGACAUCUUAACCACAGUUGCACUGACAUCGCCACCCACUACAUUUGCAGCUUCCUCGUACACAAGCCCGCAGACAACGGUUGUCCCUCCCACCUCUCAGACCAUCGAGGCUGUCAUUACAACCACACCAGCCUCUCCUUUGAGCAGUACGGACCAAGACACCAUUCCUGUUGCCACAACUGUUCCCCUUGCAGAUCCCACGGAGCCCCCUUCCACUCGAUUGGCAGUACCGACUGAUCCCAGACCUGAUAACCCUGCCACCUGGGUUCCUCCUGUCCCACCUUCUGAUUGGCCUAUGAAGGAAGUUGGUGAGUGGAAGGGGCCAGAUACUUGGGUAGACCCUGUGCAGAUUGAGAACGACACAGCAGUGUUUUCGGCUGCUGCUGUGCUGCUGUCAGGUGAUGGCGAUGUUGAGAACCCUUCUCCUGCCUUUCUUCACCUGCUUGACACUGAGGUCGACUACCAGUUUGAUCCUGGCUCUCCAUCCUUCUCUAUACAGAGCUACGAAGGGAUGAAUAAGGGUCCUGUGGCCUGCCCCUGUGUGGAUAAUGUUCAAGGCUCGUCCCUUCUGCCCGUCAGCACGGAGCGAAAAAUAACGCUGGCAGGACAAAACCUCCACUUCUUUCAGGACCCUGAAGGGGAUUAUGAAUGUGUGUUUGUUAUUGAGGGUCGGAUGGUGGUGGUGGAGGCGUUUGUUGAAGGGGAUAACAACGAUCCCAUGUUUUACUUCAUUACUUGUCAGGUACACCAGUAUACCUACUCCACACUGCAGCAAGAGUAUAACGCAACAGUAUAUGUCCAGCGGCGGCCCAAUUAUAGAGUGGACAGCGUACAUGAUUUGCACAUUACUCUGUAUAACUGUUCCGUGGGUCGAACAGACUGCAGCCGCUGUCAGACUGCAGACACCAAGUAUGCGUGUGUUUGGUGUGGGGGAGGAGAGCCCAGCUGUGUGUACGAAAAGUCGUGUGUGGACGGAGUGGAGCAGACCUGCCCAGCGCCUGUGAUUCACUCGAUCGACCCAAUGUCAGGGCUGCAGGAAGGCGGGACCAUGGUCACCAUCACUGGUUCAAACUUGGGCCAGAGAUUCGAGGACAUCCAGAACAUGGUAACGGUGGCUGGGAUCUCGUGCAGUGCUGAUCCUCUGAAGUAUGAGGUCUCCACCAGGAUUGUGUGCUACACAGAAGCCAGUUAUGAGGAAGUGUCAGGCCCUGUCACAGUUGAGGUAGCGAAUGGAGGGAGCAGCAGCUCCACGCAGCCUUUCACAUAUCAGAGCCCGGUGCUGAACUCUAUCUCACCAUCACGUGGCCCCAAAGCUGGAGGGACAUCUCUCACACUCAGUGGCAUCAAGUUGCUGACUGGCAGACCAAGUGAUAUCAAGGUGUUUGUUGGUGACUUCCCCUGCCUCAUUUCUGCUGAUAUAGAGGAUCAUCAAGUCCAGUGUCUCACAGCCCCAAGCAACCAGACAGACGAGCUGCCUAUCACAGUCAGGUAUGGUGAUAUUCCAAAGAGACUGAAUACCGUCUUCUACAGUUACACAGAAGAUCCAAACAUCACCAUUGUGCAUCCAGACAAGAGCUUCUUAGGCGGAGGGAGGGUGAUCAGCGUAUAUGGGCAAAACUUGGAUGCUGUGCAAACACCUCAGAUUAUGGUCCAGUUAAUCCCAAAUGAACGAUGGCGGAGAUCGUUCUCCAAACUGCGAAGGUUGGGGAGAGAGAGGAAACGUAGAACGACAAAGAAGAGCGGCUGCACUGAAAAGAGUCCACAAAAGUUCAUUGAGUUCUGCCAGGUGAACAACUCUUCCUUCAUGACUUGUAAAACACCAUCGAUCAAAGCCCCUGUCAGCAAUUCUGUUGUCUCUGUGCACUUCAUCAUGGAUAAUCUGUGCUUCGAUUUCAAUGAGAUCAGUCUAACAAAGUUCACAUAUAAGCCUAAUCCUAUCCUGAAGCCACUAAAUGCGGAUGACCCUUCAAAGCCAUACAGGCACAAACCGGGCAGUGUCCUAUCUGUUGAGGGAGAAAACCUGGACCUCGCGAUUACGAAGGAAGAGGUGGUCGCAAUGGUGGGCGAGGGAAUUUGUGUUGUGAGAACUCUGACUGCGAAUCACCUGUACUGCGAGCCACCCCUGGAGCAACCUGCUGCACAAAGGAGGAGAAAGCGCGAAAGCCUGGACACGUUGCCGGAAUUUAUUGUGCAAAUGGGAAAGCUGAAUUACGAGCUGGGGAAGAUCCAGUACGAUGCAGAGAGUCAGUCUAACUUCCCAAUAGAGGCCCAGAUUGGACUUGGGGUGGGAGCAUCCAUCGUCGCCCUGAUUGUCCUAAUCAUUGUGCUUAUCUACAGGCGGAAAAGUAAACAGGCCCUGAGAGAUUACAAGAAAGUACAGAUUCAGCUGGAGAACCUGGAGACCAGUGUCCGUGAUCGAUGCAAGAAGGAAUUCACAGAUCUCAUGACUGAAAUGAUGGACCUGUCCAGUGAUUUGGUUGGAACUGGAAUUCCUUUUCUGGAUUACAAGACCUAUGCCGAGCGCAUCUUCUUUCCAGGGCACCGGGAGUCACCUCUGCAGCGGGAUCUUGAUGUCCCUGAAUCUCGACGCCAGACAGUGGAACAGGGGCUGGUCCAGCUUUCUAAUUUAUUGAAUAGCAAGCUUUUCCUCACAAAGUUUAUUCACACAUUGGAGAGCCAGCGGACAUUCUCGCCACGAGAUCGUGCUUAUGUGGCAUCGCUAUUGACCGUCUCAUUACAUGGAAAACUAGAGUAUUAUACAGAUAUCUUGAAAACAUUGCUGAAUGAUCUGGUGGAGCAGAAUGUCGCCAAGAACCCUAAACUUAUGCUGCGCAGGACAGAAACAGUGGUGGAGAAAUUGCUGACAAAUUGGAUGUCGAUCUGUCUGUACACAUUCCUCAGGGAUUCAGCAGGGGAAUCACUCUACAUGCUGUUCCGAGCUAUAAAACACCAAGUGGAUAAAGGACCUGUUGAUGCUGUGUCAGGAAAGGCCAAGUAUACACUCAAUGACAACAGACUGCUCCGAGAGGACGUGGAGUAUCGUACACUGACACUCAAUGUCCUAGUCCAAGGAGAAGAUGUGCAGCCUUCCCCCGUGAAAGUGUUGGACUGUGACACUAUUACCCAAGUCAAAGAAAAAAUCAUUGAUCAGAUCUACAAGGGAGUGACCUACUCACUUCGACCACAUGUAGAAACACUUGACCUGGAAUGGAGAUCAGGAUUGGCUGGGCAUCUCAUCCUUUCGGAUGAAGACUUGACCUCCGUUCUCCAGGGAAACUGGAAGCGUCUCAACACCCUGCAGCAUUAUAAGGUUACCGAUGGGGCCACAGUUGCUCUUGUCCCACGCCUCAGCAAGCACAUACACCAUGAAAAUCAUGAUUAUACUGCAGGAGAGAAGACACCAAUGUUGGAGGAUGCAGAUGAAGGAGGAAUCAAAGUCUGGCACCUGGUCAAAGCCAGUGAAGAGCCUGAGCUCCCCAAACACAGAAGGGGCAGCUUGCGGGAGAGGGAGCGAGCCAAAGCCAUCCCUGAGAUCUACCUAACCCGAUUACUUUCCAUGAAGGGCACCCUACAGAAGUUUGUAGAUGACCUCUUUCAGGUGAUUCUCAGCACCAGCCGGCCUGUUCCACUUGCAGUCAAAUACUUCUUUGAUCUCCUGGAUGAACAAGCAGUACACCAUGGGAUUACUGACACCGAAACUAUUCACAUCUGGAAAACAAACAGUCUGCCUCUUCGUUUCUGGAUAAACAUUAUUAAAAACCCUCACUUCACCUUUGACGUUCAGGUGUCAGAUAAUGUGGAUGCCAUGCUGUCAGUCAUUGCACAGACCUUUAUGGAUUCCUGUACAAUUGCAGAACACAAGCUGGGCCGGGAUUCUCCAAUUAACAAACUGCUGUAUGCCAGAGACAUCCCUCGAUACAAACAGAUGGUGGAGAGGUACUACGCAGACAUUCGGCAGACGAUCUCAGCUAGUGACCAGGAAAUGAACUCUGCUUUAGCUGAGCUGUCCAGGAAUUAUUCCAGUGACAUGAACUCCCUUGUGGCUCUCCAUGAACUCUAUAAAUACAUCAACAAGUACUACGACCAGAUCAUUACAGCACUAGAAGAAGAUCCAACUGCACAGAAGAUGCAGCUCGGUUAUCGGUUACAGCAGAUUGCUGCAUCUGUGGAAAACAAGGUCACAGACUUGUGACAGGGGCAACCACUGAGGAAUGAUCUGAAGAAGGGGUUGAGGCAUCUUUGCAUUGACGCAAAGGAGGAACACGAGACACUAUGACCAGUGAACAGAGCUUGUUGAGUACAGGAGUGCCUUAUGGAAACAUGCUUCCUCUGUACUUCAGCUGUGGGAAUGAAGGAAAGGAGACUCCUAUGAUGCAUCAGGCCUUGCAUAACAACGCAAAGAGUCUCUUUCACCACUCCCGGGCCAUUUCCACCUGCACCGCACUGUCUAUUGGGAGUGUUCAUAUUGUAGACUAUUAAACAACUUAGCAAACAACACAAAACUUAAAAAGUCUAAAGAGUCAGCAUAUCAAUGGACAAAUGAUGUUAAUAUUUUUUCCACAAGAGAGAUUUAAUUUUUUUUAAACUAAUCCUAAAAGAAAGAUAUUACUGUCCUAUGUUGGAAUCUGCAAGAUGAAGUUGGGAUCUGACACAGAUGUUAAAGCAAAGACAUUGAAGAGUCUAUAUGCUUUUAAUGGUGUUGGGCCAAGUUAAUUCAGUGAUUGGCUUCAAUAAAUAUAGGAUGGACAGCAGCAAGCACUGUAUAAUGGAAAUUGUCUGUUAAAGGUCCAGUCAAGCACCCAAUUCCUAGCAGAAGACCAGGAGUUCAAGCCCUUAUGCCCUGUUAUUGGUAGGUUUGAGAAACAUGAAGUAGGAUUGUCAUCAGACCCUCGGUUUGAAGUUCGAAGAGCCUCAGAAGGGAAUUAAGCCAUUGGCAGGUGGACCUUUGGAACUGUCACUCCCUAAAAACAGACUAGUCUCGGAUUCCAUAACCAGUUGGAAUGUUUCAUGUCUGUGAGAUAUAGCAAUAUCUCUCAACUGACCAUUCUGCCUUCUCAAACUCUAGCAAUAACUCUCAUAUAUUUUUGAUACAAUCCUUGUCCUUUAGAUACCCAAUGAUGGUUAUGAGCUCCUUGAAAGGAAAGGAAAUUCUUAUUUUUAAUUGAUGUCUCAUUUUACAACCCUGCUAAUUGUCCCAUCCAGAAAAGUUGAUUUUUUUUUUUGGCUGUUGCCUUUUGUGUUCAGCCAUUGAGGAAGAAGUAUCCAAACCCUCCGUGACAGAGCAAGGUGAUUCAAACACACAGGCUAUUCAGCUCGGGCUGAUGAAAACCCACCCAUGAGAUUUUGAGAUUCCAGUAGCAGAUAGCCUUGAGAUUAUUGAGUAUCCUCGAGGCUGGCAUUCAUUUCUCUUUGGCUAAUAAGUUAAAUGCUUGGAAUUUUUUUUAUUUUCAAAGCACCGAACAAUAGCAGAAAUAUUUUUAUUACUUAAUUUCUUCAAGUUCCCUGACAUGCAAAAUUUAACCAAGAUAAAUUCCUGAUCCAGAAAAAUCUUUCACAGUUUAUCCAGAGUUUCCUAAAUUGCUGCUGUUACAUUUUGGUUGAGUGCACCUCUUUAUUGUCCAUCCUGACCAUUGUACACCUGCAACGGGUCUGUUAUUUUUGUUAAGGAAGCAAGCAACUUUAAUAGCCAUCAUUUGAAGUGACUGACCCACGUAACCAUCAGAAGUCAGGUCCUGUUGUUUGUUAAUCACUUGUAAAGUUUUUUUUAAAAAAAAUCUUUGUUUUAAUUAAAAAGAUAUGAUACCUUUUGGGGUCCAAAAAUGCCACAGGCAGGGUUCAGUAUCUGAUAGGAAAUGCAGGGGAUUUACUGGUCUUAUUGAGGGGCGUCAGAUCAAGUUUUAAAUAUUGGUUGAUUCCCUGUAACAAUGGAAGUCGAUUUCUGUUUUGAGAUAGGCUUGAUUAUAUUUUUUAUUUAUUAUAAUGUCAGAAAUAGUAUGCUUGCACAUCCAGUAUUCUAACAGCAGUGUUAACCCUCUAGAGGGAAACAGAGACUCCCAGAGUGAGGUCCUCUAGUGUGUGAAGAUGAUAGACUCAAAGCAGAGUAGCAGAUGUUUUCAAAUGUCGUUGCCUUGAAGUGAAGGACCUGCAAUCAUUCCUUCAUAUUGGGGUGUGUGCAGUAAGAAUCUUUUACAGUACAGUCUGUGAAACAGGACUCCAUUUUAGAUCUUGGAAUUCAGAAUUGUAUUUAAAUCUAAUUUUUUAUAUCAUCUCAAUUUACAUAAAUAUGGAAGAUGGUUGGUACAAAUGUCAGAUCCACAAUAAAACUUUGUGCAGAUUUUUGUCACAA